AUGACGGUGGCAUACCCUGCGACACCACCCACACCCACCCCAUUCGAGGCACCGCUACAAGGACCUGCGCAUUGGGGAGCAUCACUGCACCAAGCCGUAACUCGCCGGCGCCACUUAUCCCAGAAUGGAGCCCUUUGGGGCUACCGUUAUCAGUUUGGCGGGCUAGCCCAAGCCAGAAUGAGGGGACGGACGCCGCGGAGAUGGGGCUCGAUUGACGGCAGGACACUGGUUGACUGA